CAGCUGUUUAUGACAGAAAGAACUUUAAAAAUGUUUUGAGGUUAUGACUCUUAUGAGCCUCAUACCUCAGUAUAAUCAAACAAGAAUGUCUUUUUAGGUCUGUCGUUAACAUCUUAUAUUAUUGGUAGUGCAAAUAAGUUUUCGUCAUGGCGUUACAGAAAUCUAAAACGAUUCCUAAGGACGCUGUGGAAUUAGACGAAUUGCAAGCCACUGAGUAUGUAUGGAAUCUUGUGUCUGAUUGGGAAUCUUUAUCCGAUACGUGGGCCCUAAGGUCAGCUUCCUUUGUUCUUGGCGGUCUCAAUGCUCUCUGUGGCAUUAUGAUAAAUUCACACUACAGAAACAAACUCAAACUGGGCAGCUAUGGAUUCUUUGCAUCAGCAUUACCUAUUACAAUUAUGCCUGGAAUAUUGACUGCCAUGUUUCAUAGACAUUUGGUUUCAACAGAGCUGCUUCUAAUGAAGAAUGAAGCGUGUCCUAUGUGUUAUGAGAUAAGGUCUGGAGCUGUACAGCUAUCUAUGGGGUUAGCUUAUCCCUUAAUCCUGGCUCCAGCAUCAUCAUUGAUGUUGGCGCAAAGGUAUUCAACCUACAGGGUACCAGACCUCAGACUAGGACCUAGAACCAUUUUCCAAUUCGUAAGGAAGUUGACGAGGCCUUACAACAAUACCCUGACCGUCAUGGCUGUCGCACAGCUGGUGACGUCAUCAGUCUUAACGUAUUACGAAAUGAGGAACAACAUUACUUUAAGAAUUAAGAUGAUGGAUAUUGAAGCUAAACUUAUGGCGGAAAAGCACGACAGUUGAAUAUAUGGCUGAGUAGAUGCGUUAUGUAAAUAGAUAGUUUUGUAAUAAAUCGUUAUGUUAAUUUAUA